CAUGAAUAACGAUGAGUAACAAGGUAUGUUCCACUGGGUUUUGUAUAACACACAGCAGUCGGGUGCAGAGCCGCCAGCCCAGCCAAAGCCCCCAGGCUCCCGACAAAGCCCCGGUAAACUGCAGGUGAACGACACGGCGUGAAGACAUGUUUCAAAAUAUCCGUUUACCAAGCUCGGGAAAGGCAGAAGAGGGCAAAAGGAACCAAGUUCUGGAUUAUUUGGGAGGUAUUUUUGGUUCUGGCAGGAAAAAGGCUGUCAAGCAAUCACCCGCAGAGCCUUCAAGUUGUGUCGAGGAAUCCCCAGCAGGAUCUAAGGACGUGAGCUCUUCUGCACGGAACUCGGCGAGCGAGCUCUUGAGCAGUGCGUCGGGCGCGUUGGUCGGUAAGGAGGAUACCUCAUUAACUCCUGUCUGCGUUGUUGCAAGCGUGCCAUCUGAUGACAGAAGUGCGAAGGAGCACGAGGCCAUCGAGUUCAUCGACGUGUCUGGUGAUGAGAACACAUCCUGCGACUCCCGACCACUAAAAGACGGCGUGUUUGUGGGGUGCGACCGGCUAAGAGAAGGUCAGUAUGACUGCGAGAGCCAAGACCAGUGCGUGGACAUCCCACCCAUAAAGGAAUGGGUCUUGCCCGUGUCUGAGACCGUGAGGGUCGAGCAUAUAGCCAGGCCCGCCGUGCUCGACGUCAACCAUCCGAAAACCAAGGCCAACACCAAAUUGUCCGAAGCAUCCGUCUCCCUGCCCGUUAACCGUAUCGGCGUGGAGCUGAAGCCUCAGGGCAAACCGCGGGAAAGCGAUCAAACCGAACAGUCGAACCAGUCCAUGUUCCGUGCCUUUAGGAGGGAAAUCCGAAUUCACAGCGCACCCGAAAAAGCAUCUCUCACAUCACCGGACUUGGUGAAGCAACAAAGUCCAUCGAAGAAAGUCCAUCUUUCAUCAGAUACUACCAGGAAUAAUGCGCUAGGGACCGGAAUUGCUGGCGACACACACGUCACUGAAGGUACAACAAACCUACUCAAAGUUAACCCGCACCCGGCGGGCAACGCAUCACGACAAAAGCUGAAUGGUUUAGUGGAACAGGACUCCAACGCCGUCACUGGUCCUCGCCCCGAUUUGGGAAACCCGAAGAGCACUGCGGAAAGGUCGGAUUUGUUUUUGGGUUUGAGGUUUAAUUCGAAUUCCUCGGCGGUGGUGUCUCACGAAAUGGAGAAAAGGUCGCCCACGGACAGCAAACGGGGCGGCAGAAAGGGGAGGAGGCGGCGGUCUCUGAUAUCGGACCAAUGCGGGCAGAACGCGGAGACUCACGACAAUGAGGAAGAGCUGAAAGAAAAUGAUUCUGGAGCGGGCGAGGCGAGCGUCCCGGAGCGUUCCCCGGAAGCCCUGUCUCCAAAGCCGGUCACCUCUCCACUGACCCAGCACAAAAUAUUUCCAAAAUCGGUUCUGUCCGUCGAGAAAUCCACGCCGGGCGUCUCAAAACCGUUUGUGUCGCGGAAGAAGUCUUCGCAAAGAGCGUCUCUCGGCGCAACCCUAGACAGUGAAAUCGAUUCCGCAUUUAAAGAUUUUUCAGAAAAGGCGCUACGAGCCGAGCCCCGGUAUGGCAGCUGGGAGAAUUUAACGUCUGCCCAGAGGACUGGUCAAGGAGUUGAGAGAAUUAGCCAGAGUGUACAGGGAGCUGCGGGUGAUUCUGCAAACAAUGAGGCUUUCAGUCCCUCCGUACCAAGUGCGAGCGCUGACAGGCCGGGGGGGAGUGCAGCCACUUUGGGUUGUGGAAGUCCGAGCAGUGAUGUCGAAGCAGUUAGCCUCGUGUCUAAUCAGCGCGACGUGGUCACACGGGAAUCUGGUGCCGAUUCUCAACGGGCGAAGACUCGGAACGUAAACAGCCCCAAAGGAAAAAGUGGCGGCAAGAAUGUGAUCACUUCAGAAAUACGCUCCACUGUGACGACAAGAAUAAGACUGCCAUCCAUUGAAAAGAAAGGAGAAUCCGAGACCGACCGUUCGAACGAGACUGAAAUCACUACCGAGGAGGAAGAGACCAUUCGAGUGAUGCUGCCUAAAAAGAAGAGUGCAACCAGUCACCACCAAGUCGACUUCUUCACCACCAAGGACCUGCCUUUGGGCUCAAACUUGAAUCAGACGUGUGUUGGAAGUCUAAAGAUUCAAAUACAAAACAAACCGACCAGCCAUGCAGACGGUAAUAUAACCGUGACUGGUAAGAGGCAGCCAGACGCUGCCCAGGAUGUCGCGGCAGCUCCUGGUGCGAUCGCAGACUCUGGACAUAAGACGGACGAGGGGUCCAAAGUGAAAGCUGACCGCACGAAGCACGUUCCCACCGAAGAGCACGGAGACGCGGGCGCAAAGACCGCCAGUGCCCCAGUCGAACGCCUGUCUUUGGAAACCCUCGCUGGUAUGGACGCUGGCAAAUCGGACGGGGUUGGCUCGACCGAGACGGCAUCUUCGGCAUUGUGCGAUCGCGGUGAGGAGAUAACCCCGUCAUCUCCCGUGGACGCGCAACCUCCUGACGUGACUUUACCCGGAGUUGAGCCGGGUGUCGCCUCGAGAAGUAUCUACCGUGUCGAUGGGACCGCGCCUACUCUUGUCCCAGCUGUGCCCGUGACUGGAGCUGAAAUACAAAGUGAAGACAAGGUCACAUUGCUCACAGCAGUACUGGUAUCUGUAGACCAAGCAGACUCUGCAAAGAGUGUCAGUAAAACCACUGCAGUUGAAGAGGAUUCUGAGCUUGAUCAGCGGAAUACAGCCAAAGGAGGAAUUCAAGUUGGUGCAAUUAAAGACACGGUGUUACCUCAGAAAGGGAAAAUGUCCGCAAAUGUAUCGUCCGAUAAAGAGGAGGAUGCAAACCAUCUUCCCCAAAGAGGGAGGUCAAGUGAUGUGAUGGCCAAGGGUGGAACAUCUGAACAGCAAAGUCCACCAAUGGAGGAUGUCUCCGAAGCCGUGUCUAAGACUGAGGAGAAAAGCCCCACGGGGAUUGAUGACAAGCGGACCAUUGUUGCAGCAGUAAGUACAGUAGGCGAGCUUGGUCAGGGGACUUCACUAGAGUUGCCAACUAGUGCUUGCCAAGCACAGAGCUCACCUCCCCAGCCCCAACAAAUGAUUGAGAGUGCUCGACCUGAAAUAAAAGCAGACGCGGAUGCCGAUCGUGUCAACGGGCAGUUGAAAGACAGAGAGACUUCACCCGCUGAAGGUGCCUCGACCGCACAUGUUGGUCCACCCCGCACGCAAGCAGGAAAAUUGGAGGUGACCGAUGGAUCGAUAUCACGCCUUGAAGUGUCUCCGUCUGAGAAAGAGGCUGCAAAGCGUUUGAGUGACCAAAUGUCGGGUGGACCGACAGGUGAUGCUGCCCGACCUGUGCAAGCGGAGCCGAUGAAGACGGAACGCAAGGAGAGAGAAACCAGCCUUGUCUCGCCUUUGUGUGCACGCGCACCUGAGAUUGAUGCUGAUGUCUGUGGGAAUGUGAUUCGUGACACUGAGUCAGGAUCUAAUGAGGCAGCUCCGGGACCUGCCCUGCCUGUAGAGCAAGGCGUGUCCGCCCUCCGAAACGACACCUCUGGAAGCGAGGAGAAGCCGCCACUCCCAAAUCUGCAGCCGUCUACGACUGCAGAGACCGUGAUUGGAAAUGAAGUGCCUGCAGAAGGCACGGAUGAGCACAUUGAUAGCGUUGAGACAACGAAGGUUCCCCCUGGACCUGCACAGACUUGUGAAGAACGCACAGCUGCAGAUGCGUCUGAAAUGGGACAGCACGCCACUGGAGACAGCGUUGUGGAGCAUCAGGACUCCUUGGUCACUCCAGCGACCGAUGGCCCUGCAUCCGUGCUGCCAAAUUCACCGGAGGCGCAGCCUGGAAAGGCGGUGACGCAGGAGAGACCUCCUCAGUCGGAAGAAAGGUCUGAAGGGCAGAGUGAGGCGCGGGCAAACUGCUUAGAUGAGCAAAAAUCCGACGCGGGUGCGCCAACAAGGGACACCGUUCGAGCCGCACCGAUGAACUCUGAGGAAGCAAAUGGCUCUCCGCCCGUGUGUGAGCAAGCCACUAGAGGGGAGACUGAUACCCCAGCAAAUGUUGUUCGUGGCGCUGAGUCGGGUUCCAGCGGGGUAAUAUUAGAGGUGCCGCUGUCUACGCAGCAGGUCACGCCCACACCGCAAAAUAACGAGUCUGACUUUAAAGAAACGACAACAUUUCAAAAUGCGCAGGGUCUCGAGACUUUUGCAGCUGAAAUGAGUAAGAAAGUAACGGUGGAACAAACUGGCGACUGCGAAGUGAAGAAUGCAACUGGGGAGCAGAGGCCAACGCUCACGAGCACGGCGCCGCAAGAGGGCACAGAGUCGAACGGUGUUGCCGCGCAGCGGAAAAGCUCGGCAGGAGCCACCGCUGAAGGUGCCUUGCCUGGAGAGUUGGAUUCUUCACUGACAAGCCAAGGGGAGAAUGAAGUGUGGACCACAUCUCCUCUGAGCGUAGGAGUGUCAAAUGUGUCCACCAGUGCUGAUCUGGACUCACAAGGGGCAGUCACACUCCCACUUGCAGACAGUGAGGCUGUUUGUUUACAGGCAUCUACUGCAGUAGACCCUGGAGUUGGGAAAGAUGUCCCUGCAGAUGGCUGCGUUGCUACGGAAUUCGGCUCCACUGAGACCCCAGGAUCUCCUGUCCAUUCACCGAAGACGAGCUUAUCUGGACUGGAAAGCGGAGGUUUGGAUACAAAUAAGACUGCCUCUUCGCAGAGCGCGCGACUAUCUGAAGCUGCCGAACUGGCCCUGAACGAGGGUUCUUCCAAGGGGGCUUCCUUGGAGCAACGUGGUGGUGGUGGCGGUGGUUCAGAGGAGACAACGACCGAGCUUGCCUCGCCCCUCUUGUCCAGCACACCUAAAGCCCAACAUCGGGAGACUGAACAGGAGAGUGCGAUGCCAACUUUGAGCUUGGGGGCAUCGUCGGGGGACUCACCCACCAAAGGUUCCGCAGUUGAACAAAGGACAGAGACAGGGGCACAGACAAGCGAAGACUGUUUAUCGGCGCAAAAAGCGUUGGAAUCGCGACCAGGUAAAGUCAUAGUAAAUGACUCUUUUGUCGACGAUGCGUGUACGAAUAAAUUAAUUGCUGGCCUGGAUUCAACGGCGGAUCUCUUCGCGGGGGCUCUGGAGCCGACGCACUCCAGCUUCCAGCCAGGAAGUGAAAUGACCGCUUCGUUCAACGGGGGCCGCAGCUUGGACGGUUCCUCCGACAUGGACAGCUUUACGGAGACGAUACGCCGCUACGGCAGCCCCAUUCCCCUGCCGGAGAAGAGGCAGCGCCUUCCCAAAGUGCCGCUGACGCCGCCGUUUGCCAUGCCGCCAAUACAGGAGAAUCAGAUGUCGCCGAAAAAGUUUGACCCGAGCACGUUCACCUUCGGCUUGAAGAAAAGCGGUACCCGAUCGGGGGACGGGCCGACCGCGCUCCUGAAAAUGCAGCAAAAUGAAACCAAGUCCAAAGUAGUCAAGCGGAUAUCGGCCGAGAAUAGUCUGCUGUUCACCUCGCUCAACAGCAGGAAGCCCCUCUUCCGAAAGCACGAUCCCACCCACGACGACCUUGCCCCCGCAUCCGACAGCAAGCGAUCGCGUUUGGAGACGGGAAAGGCCCUUGACCAACCGUCCGAGCCGCCGGAGGAACCUGCGGGGAAAUCCGACGAUCCCCCGCCGUCAACGCUGGAAAACGACAUCGCUGACGGAUCCGCACUCGACUUGUCAAAUCCAACCUCUGCACAGGCCCAGUUUCCGGAGAGCGCGGAACAUUUUUCGCGAUCCAAUGCCGCCAACGAUGAAACGGAUCUUGUGUCGGAGAAACACUCGGAAAAUGGGCUAACCAUCCCGAAUCUGAAACCGAACCUCUUGGAGAUUGAUACGAGUUUUGGGGCUAUCGUGGACACUAAUGCGUUGGCCAAUGGUCCUUCGAUCCAGGGACUGGAUUCUCUGCACAGCGACCAGAGUCUCCCUAGCUUCUUCAAUACUGACCUCUUCUCUCCUGGGUCUUUGUUGCCUGAACUUCCUGAAGUUGGGAUACCAGAAAAUGAACCUUUAAGAUUAAAUUCCAGACCUGGAAAGAUUGUCAUUUAUAGUCAGCCCGGACUUAAUGGAGACUCUUUUGAAUUCUUUCAUGACGUUCAGGAUGCUACAUCUUUGAAUCUGCCCUCUGAAAUUACCAUUCGAAUAGUAAGAGGCUGUUGGCUGCUUUAUGAAAAACCAAACUAUGAAGGGAGCAAGGUUGUGUUGGAGGAAGGCAUCAUGGAGAUGGCAGAUAUUUGGGGAAAGAAUGUGAAUGAAGACAAUACUGACGCUAUAUCUCCACCCACCUUCAAUUCAUCGGUUGGAUCAAUACAAAGAAUAGUUAAGGGAUGGUGUUUGCCUGAAAUAGAUUUAUGUACAGAGUUAGAUGGUUUGGGAAGAAAAACAACAUAUUAUGAUGAAAUGGAAGAAAUACAGACAUACGGGGUUCUGGACCCAACAUUAUCUCUUGAAGUAUUUUCGGGGAGUUGGCUGCUCUUUGAGGAACCCUUCCAUCAAGGGAACUCGUACUUUGUGGACGUCGGUCAGUAUCCCUGCCCGGAUUCUUGGGGAGCACUGGACCCGUACAUCGGCUCGCUAAAACCAUUAAAAAUGGGUGCAAUGAAAGUAGAAAUCCUUCAUGAACAUAAGGUUAUUAUAUACGAGAAGCCUUUAUUCAAAGGUGAACAGCUGGAAAUUCAAACGGACGUGUUCAGUUUCACGGGAGAAGAUGAAACAUCUGCUUUGUGUCGCAAUUUCCCAUUCUCAAAUGUUGGAUCAAUGAAAGUUUUCGGAGGAUUCUGGGUUGGUUAUGAGAAACCGGAUUUCCGAGGGCAUCAGUACGCACUUGAAGAAGGAGAGUAUCGGGCGUGGGAUGAAUGGGGAGGAUACAAUGGACAGCUUCAGUCUCUGCGUUUCAUCCAAGUUGAUUUGUCAAAUCCAGUGAUGAUAAUGUACAACGAACCAAACUUUUAUGAAAAAGCUGGAAACAUUGAGGUACUGGGACCGGUUCCAAUAAUGGAAGAGACUGUCCAUGGAUCGAGGACAAUGUCUAUAAAUGUUGUCAGUGGAACCUGGGUUGCGUACGAGAAUACAGAUUUCACGGGAGAGCAGUACAUUCUGGAGAAGGGGCAGUACAGCACCUUUGAAGACUGGGGUGCAGCGAAUUGGACCAUCGCUUCGAUUCAACCUGUUCUAGUGGAUACAAUGGAUCAUGAACAGUCUAAAAUCAAGGUGAACUUGUUUUCUGAGCCAGAACUUCAAGGCAGUGUACAAAUUGUCAACAUGGACACAGUCCAUUUUCCCGAUGGAUUUUCACCCAAGUCCUUUGAAGUUCUCGCUGGCAGUUGGGUGGCUUACGGUGCAGAGAAUUUCACUGGUAACCAAUACAUACUUGAGGAAGGAACGUGGCCUGACUUGACAGCCAUCGGAUGUACAGCUGAUGCGUGUAUCAAAUCCGUUAGGGCAGUAAACCUUUGUUUCUCCACGCCAGGUAUAACACUCUUUGCGCGAGAGAAUUUUGAAGGAAAGAGAAUUGAGGUGGUUUCCGAACUACUGAACCUGAAGCUGGAAGGAUAUGAUACUCGUGUUCUGUCAGUCAAAGUUAAUGGUGGAACAUGGGUGGCGUAUGAGUGCAGUAACUACAGAGGCCGACAGUUUUUACUACAGCCCAGUCAGAUACCCAACUGGCAUCAACAAACUGGAUGGCACAGAAUUGGGUCUUUGCGUCCCCUGGUUCAGAGGCGAGUAUACUUCAGGGUACGAAAUCGAGACAGUGGAGCAUAUUUGACACUGACUGGGGAACUCAGUGAUAUAAAGAUGAUUCGAGCACAGGCUCUAGAGGGUACAGGAAUGGAUGAUCAAGUCUGGUUCUACCAGGAUGGCUACAUCAAAAGCAAGAUAGCAGAAGAUUGCUGCCUGGAUACAGCCAGCAGCUUGAUCGGUGCUGGUUCCAGGCUGGGCGUUUCAGUACUCCACAGUAAAGAGAUUCAUAUCUGGAGUAUCAGUUCAGACGGAGUCAUAUGGAGCAAUGCUAGGACUGGGCUGGUUAUUGAUAUUAAAGGUAAGAGAUGGUCUAUUCUCUAAUUCUCUGCUGUAUUGCCGAUGCAAAUACAUGUUUACCCUACAAUUACAGCUAGUUUUAUAGCAAUGCAAAUAAAACUCUACACCAAGAAUGCUGGAGUGUUCUCCCUGCCAUCCCAUGCACACUACUCCUGCUGUCGGCA